UCCCGCAGCAGCGUAAUGAGCCAAGGUUCUCCCGCCGCGACGGGGUCCAGUUCAGGGACAACAGAACCGGCCCAUGGGCAGCACGGGGACUCCUCCGACGCCGCCGCCGCCGCCGCCUCCUCCUCGCCGCCGACUCUCCCCCCUGCAGCGCCCCUCCAGCGGCCCCAAGAAGAGCGGGACGGCGAGCAGGCCGGAGGCUCGAGCUCCGCUGCGGCGGGGGUCGACCGGAAGGGCAAGAAUCUCCCAUCCGCACCCGCAGUUCCUUCUUCGGAGUCUUCAUCUUCGAGCUCCGGGGGCAGCAGCCCCGAGGACGCCGACGCCGCGGCCUCCGGAGCCCGGCCGUUCGACAGCACGGCGGUGUUCCAGCAGCUGCUACGGGAGCAGACGGCCACCAAGGAGGCGGGCGGGCCGUUGGCCGAGGGGGCGGGCAAGAAAAAGAAGCCGGAGGAGGCGCAGGUGAAAUCGUCGCACGCCAUAGGGGAGCUCUGGCACAAUCUUAUAAAGUUUUUUCUUGGAGAAGAAUGGCACUAUUCAGAACAUGUGAAUUACCAGACACAUCCCAUGACUGAAGUCAGAAAGUAUUAUCGGGUUCCUGAUUUGGCUACGGGACAAGGAGUGGACCAUCUUGAUGCCUAUUCAGAAUUUAGACGGGUGACUGGAGAUGGGGAGUGUUUCUACAGGAGCUUCAUAUUUUCCUACCUUGAGCAAGUUCUUGAUAGGCAGGACACACAUGAGGAACAGCGUCUGCUUGAUGCUGUUAAAAGAGUGUCUGUGCAACAUGCAGAUCUAGGAUGGACCUCUAAAUUUCCCAGGAGCUACAGAGCAUUUAAGAAGCUGAUUAAGAAAUUAACGAGAUGGAAGAGGCACGGCAUGUGGAAGUGGAACAGCAUAACAUCAACUAGCAGCUACCGUAAAGAGAAACUUCUCGAGUUCUUCAGAAGUUACGAUACGACGCAAGACAUUCUUACUUUCCUCAGAUUAGUAGUAGCCAUCUGGAUAUGCUCGCACGCGGAGGAGUAUGAACAGCGUGUACCAGACCUCAGUGAACAUUACAGUCUGAAAGAUUGGUGCUUUGAGCACGUCACUCCAUCUCGUGAGUACACGGACCAUGUUAUGAUGACGGCCUUGGCCGAAGCGCUUGAGGUACCCCUUAGAGUGGAGCAACUCAAUGGAGGACCUGCUCACGAUAUCUACACUGGUCCUGGACCUGGAGUUCCUCUUGUGAGUGUGACCCUUCUGUACACGGGCAUUCACUACGACGUCCUCUACCCACGCGCUGCUCCUGCCGAGAGUUCAAGUCAACAGACUUCCCAGAGAAAACAUCCUGCUGAUUAGAGUUGAAGUUAACAGAUUCUGCUGGAUGUUGCUGAGUUUAGGUGGUAGAGAGUUAGACAUUGGGGUAGCCAUAGCAUACACUUGGUUGUGCAUUCUUCUUCUACCUCCUCUGUUGGCACAAACAGCUGGUGCCGAUACAUUGAUCAGUAGCUGCUCCCUUGUCUGAAGGUUGACAAGGAAGAAAAACUUGUGGUGUGGUUUGUCUGAAUUGUUGGCUGAUGUACAGUGAAUCUUCUGUGAUCACAUUCCAACUUGUUAAUUGCUUCCAUCUUUAAUGCUUCUAAUCAUAUCCAUUUUUGAUAUCA